AUGUCCCUGAUCUACACCGAUCUGCUUUUCUCUGUAAGGAAGAUAAAUCCACCUCUCGUCAAUCUGUCAGUAGAACCUCAGCCCGUCCUUGAAGACAAUACAGUAAAGUUUCACUGCUCUGCCAAAGCUAAUCCCGCAGUUACCCAAUACAGGUGGGCCAAAAAGGGCCACAUUAUAAAGGAAGCAUCAAGUGAUGCUUAUGAGACCAUUGUUGACUUCACCUAUUUCUUUGAACCCAUCUCUUGUGAGGUGACCAAUGCUCUGGGCAGUACCAACAUCAGCAGAACGGUCGAUGUCUAUUUUGGGCCACGCAUGAUGACGGAACCACAGUCUCUUCUUGUGGAUCUUGGAUCCGAUGCCGUAUUUAAUUGUGCCUGGAUUGGAAACCCAUCUCUGACCAUCGUUUGGAUGAAAAGGGGCUCUGGUGUGGGCCUCCCAUCAUCUCCAGCACACAGACCCAGCACGCUCUCCAUGGAGAAAAGGGCCAGAUCAAAUGCUUCAUCCGCAGCACGCCUCCACCAGACCGAAUCGCCUGGUCAUGGAAAGAAAAUGUCUUGGAGUCCGGAACUUCGGGGCGAUACACAGUAGAAACCGUCAGCACCGAUGAAGGUGUCAUCUCCACCUUAACCAUCAGCAACAUCGUGCGGGCGGACUUCCAGACCAUUUACAACUGCACCGCCUGGAACAGCUUUGGCUCAGACACCGAGAUCAUACGCUUGAAAGAACAAG